AUGCUACAAGGGCUGUCUUAUCCAUCGUUGAGAGUUGUUUUAGAGAAUUUGGAAGCCAGCAAGAAAUUUCGUAUUUCCGCCCGAUGCUCCGUCAUAUCUCGAAUCGACAAAACAGUUCCACUUCGUAUUAAUCAUUUACACUUUUCGGACAAUGCAAUUAGUUUGAACCGGAUAAUUUUCUUUUUUGAUUCAAUUAACGUACGCGAGACAGAAGAGCAAGCUCGUCGGAGAAUUCAGGAUUCACUGACACCAGGAGACAUUCUAUUGGAUUACACAAAUGAUGAGAGAAUAAUCAAAGUAGAGCAACUUAAAUAUUUAAAAUAUUCCGAUGACUAUAACUCUAGCCGACAAAGAUAUACGAGACGUCUUCCAGAAAACGUCACUGCAAGUGAUGCAUUAAAAACCCUAUCGAAUUAUAUUUUGGAACAGAGGAAAGAUAUAAUAGUUGGUGAAUUGAAUAUUUGGAAUUGCUCUCAAAAAGUUCUCAGACUGCCACAAAACAUUCAAUUCCGAGUUCGGGGACUACAAGCUGCUAAAAACGAUGUAAGACUUCUAAAACCCAUUGUGGAUCCAUCUUGCUUCCCAUUGGCAUUCAUCCUGGUGAAAUCAUGGAAGGAAGAGUAUUUAGAGGACUCAUUCCUACAAUCACCCAAGAAACUAUUAGUAUAUGCUACCAAUAACUCGACAGAAUAUUGGCUUGCGACUCUUUCGAAAAUCAAGAAUCCAUUUGUGACUAUGAGAAAGAUCUUUUUUUCUGAAUCAGAAGUCCUAUCUAUCAUAAGAAAUAUGAUAGAAAGUGGAGUUAAUCGAAAAACUACUCGGAUAGAAUUAGACUGCAAAGGAGAACAGUUUCUGGAAAAAUUGAUGAAAAAAGUCAAGAAAAGAUUCAGUGGAAAUGUUGUCAACUUCAAGGAUGAACUGAAGACCAUUGCAAUUUUCUCCAACAUAGUAUCAAUUUCUUUGGAUUCCGAUACUGAACUCAUUGUCCACGGAUUUCAAUAUGAAAAGAAUUGGAAUAAAAAUGUGGCUAUCUAUCUACGAUUGCAAGUAUUUAAUAUUGGAUUAUGUGUUCCGAUUGAGAAGAAAAAGUUCUUAGGACUUCCUUGGUUUUCUUAA